GACAGAGGUCCUCGCUGGGAAACAUGGCUGCCUCCGUGCUGGGCAGGAGGGUAGCCUUUCUGACAGAUGCAGUAUCUGUAUCUUUAAACAUAUUUUCUCCCAAGAUUUGCUCCCGCGCUAUUCUGCUGCAGUCAUCUGGAUACCACGCAAAACCGAGAUUUAACGGACAGGAACCAUACAUCCCCGACAAGCAAAGCGCACGAACGCCCGAGUGGCAGAAGACCGCUAAGAAUGACCGCAAACUGUUUGGACGUUAUGGCUCCUCGUCUGGUAUCGACCCGUCAACACUGUGGCCAACACCGGCACAACUGGAUGCCAUCAUAGAAGAUGAGAAACAGUGGCAAGCGUCUCUUGAAGAAAUGCUGCACAAUAUCGCAGUCAAGGACAAAGAGCUGGAUGAUAAACUACGGGCAAGAGAGAAGCUGAUCGCUGCAAACAUGGCUAAAAUGCCGGACAUGGUGGCCAAGUGGCGUUUGGAGACGCGCGAGGCCAAGCAGAAGAAGAAGGCGGAGAAGGCCAAGCGCGAUCGCCUGCUGGCCGAGGCCCAGGAACGCUUUGGCCACCAUGUGGACCCCCGCAGCAGCAAGUUCCAGGACCUGCUCAAAGACAUGGAGAAGGAGGAGAAGAAGAAGAUGAAGCUGCUCAAACGGAAGAAGCGCGAGGAAGAGCAAGGCAUACUGGCUGCUGCCACUGCCACUGCCACAAGUGCAUCAUCGGGGCCAGCAACUUCCUAAUGCCUCAAGUCUUCCAUAUGACUGUAGAAAUGUUGCAUCGCGUGCUGGGACAUUUACCUUUUUGUUUGUGCCAUUCAUCUGAAUGGGAAAGCACGGAGUACAAGUACAGAAUAAUGGCGUUUUUCAAUAAUUAAAAUAAACAAAUAGACAACUUUAAA